GAGUUGCCAACAAUAAAAUUGCAGUUAAAAGUGCAAUACGCUGACGAGUGACUUAUGCAAUUAAAAUGUCUACUGUUGGCUAUAUGAUUAAAAGUUUAGUUGUUGGUUGCAUUGCUGAUCGAGUUAAUCGAAGAUGGUUAAGUGGUUUUAAGAUACCAAAAUUUUACGUUCCUGGAAUUAAGUUGCAGAAGUCAGGAUUGAUGGUACGGGGUAGCGGUACGGGAUAACAGUGCUCGCAGCAAAGCAACAUUGCCAAGAUGGAUGCCCGGGCUCGACCGUCGAGAAGUAUGGAUUUUACCGCGUGAUUCGUAUGCGUGCUAUUUCUCUUCCACCCACUGGACAAUGGGAGAAAUAUAAGGACGCGCUAGGACACGAGUGAGCCAAUGCCUGGCGAUAAAAUAAUACUUUUCCAAAUUCGAAUUCGCGAAUUCUCGCGGCCGCGAUAACGAAUCACGUUCUCUUUACCAAGUGAUGAGUAAAAUAUCUGACAUCGAGAAACGAGUUAGUGGAUUUAUACAAUGGUGGAUAACAAUUGUAUCAUCGAGGGGAACGUCAAGUUUCGCGAUGGGAAGAAGUGGAAGUCACGAUGGUGCGUAAUGAGAAAAUUGUCACCAGUAGCAGAUUGUUUGCAUUUACAACUUUAUGGAGAUAGCAAGGAUCGUUAUAAGCAAGGGCAAACAAAGGCAUCCUUAAGUUUGCAACAUUUUCUUGGAGUAGAAAGUGGUUUUACUCUUGAUAAAGAAUCAAACACAAUAGCUAUUAUUUGUCAAGAUGUAACUGUCGUACUUGCUUUUGAUACGCGAGAACGAUUAAUACAAUGGCAAGUAAAGAUAUCAAAUAACUUAGGAGAAGAUCAACAAUUUUUAAUAUUAAUAUCCACUGCACCGUCGAAGGCAAAACUAACGAAUGGGCCAGCACAUUUACAUAUUCAAGAUCGUCGAUUUUGUAUUACAGUUGGUAUUCCACCAAGGUUAGUUGGAAUAUGGGAAAUUGGUCAUUUACGACGUUACGGUGUCGUCGAGGGAAGAUUUUGCUUCGAAGGUGGCUCAAGAUGUGGUCGUGGCGAAGGCCUUCAUGUUUUAAUAACGGACCAGGGUGACGACAUUGUUAAAACAUUGCAAUUGGCUGCGGAGGGAAAAUUAUCUACGAAAAAAAGACCGCUUGGCCGUGAAUCAUUAAUACAAGACAGUCCUCGCCGACAAUUUAGUAGGUCUGAGACUAGAGCAAGCGAUUUUUUUCCCUCAACUGUGUACUCUUCAACAAUAUCAUACGAAGACCAUUGUGAUGGUUGCAAGAAUGGCAGCUCGUCUUACUGGUCAUCUGCCGAAAGUAGACAACAAACUGACGGCGAAGGUGAUUAUAGCUGCAGAGAUACAGUUUCUGUUUCGGAAUUGCCCGAUCAACCUAGCGAAUGGCGUACCUGUUCUCUUACUCGUCAAGGUACGACUGGUCUCGAAAGAUGUGCCAGUUGUAUUAGCAAGUUAGGAACUGUAUCGAAAUCUUCUACGUUGAUAACGGGUACUGGUACAAGUAGUAUAGGUAGUCCAGCUGGUGCCGUCAGCAGUUUGACAUGCCACCUCCAACCACGAACUUUCGAUCGACUCUCUUUAUCUUCGUACAGCAGCAGUAGUCACGAUAGUGAUUAUUCUGGAUCUCAACAAGUUGAUUGUCAUUGUCCUCAAUCUAAAAGCUCACAGGUACAAAAUGUUCGUCGAUCGUCGCUCAGUCCAAAUGUUUUACCACCAAGACCACCGAAACCGUCCCAAUGUACUGCCACGAAAAAAUCAAAGAAACCUCCAAUGCCACUACCGAGCGAACAAAUUACCACUAAUGUGCACAAUCAAAAGAGUAACGCGCAAAGUAACGUACGUAAUAGCAAUGUUGGACCUUACGAAAAUUAUGAUGUUCCGAAAGCUAUCGUCGGACAUCACAUGUUAUUAGAACAAUCACCGCAGACGGAUCAAUAUUACGAUACUCCAAGGAAGAUAAAGGAGUGUUUAACGAUACCAAAAACCUAUCCCAAUUAUGAUACUCCUCAGGCCCCACAAGCUGUUGUCUUGCAACAAUGUGGUUGUCCAACAAAGCUUAAUAUUCAAUCGCCUAGAUCAUCGUCAGCCUGUCCAUGCCACAAUGUCAUGAGUUGGGCUGGAUUCGUUUUACCGUAUUGUCGACGUGGAGCAGGAAUUGAACCUAUGGGUGUGACAGUACACCCUGUAAAGCUAUCGGGAGAAGGAAAAAUGCCUGUUGUUAAUGCCAGUGGUGAUGUUUCUAUUUACGCCACUGCUAAAAGAAUAAAUAAAGGACAAGCUAAUGAACCUAAAGCUGAUGAUAAUUGUGAAUGCGUAACCAGCAGCAAAUCAAAUAAUUACGAAAAUAUUGAACCUGUUAUCGAUACACAAUCCGAAUCGAAGCAAACAAAUUAUGCUAAUAUCGACUUUACUCAAUCGUUAGGACAUUAUGAGAAUAGUAAAGAUGUUCUAACAAAAAGUGGUAUUUCACAAGAAGAAUUGGAAAAGUUCGCUGAUCAAUUAAAAGAUACAAAAGUAGAAGCAUCCAGCGAAGAAAGUUCCUUUAAAGUUUGUCAGAAAUGUGGCCAUGUAAAAGAAAGAGAUAAUGAUUAUUUAGUAAUGGAUCUAGAUAAAGAAGUACCGAAAAAACCAUUCACUGGUUAUUUACCGAUGCAACCAGCUCAUAAUGCUUGUUCCAAAGAAGUGCUGUCCAGAAUUUAUAAUGGUAUGAAGAGUUCGAGCAAUCCAACUUUGUCAGGUUCUUCGUCAACUGAUGGGAAUAAAAAACGUUGCGAUUCGGAAUAUCGUGUCCCAGGAUCGGCGAUGUUAUCUAGUCCAUAUCUUCGACGUCGUCUUUUAGAUGGAAGCAAUGGCGCUGAAUCAACUGGAACGAUCGGUAUUUUGUUAAGAAAACGAUCUUAUUCGGCCGAAUCAGCUCACUACUUAGACGAUGAAACUCAUACAUUCCCGUCCACUCUCACCAUACAUAAGUGCUCUAGUGAAGCCGAUAAAGCUUCCCUGAUAAGCAAUGAGCCACAUACAUCUUGCAUGAAAUCGGAAAUGAAAAUAAGUCAAGAGAAUGGACAGAUAUCGGUUGCUUCGUCUCAACCGUUGUUCAUAAAAAUUCGUCGUUCUUCAUCCGUACCAUCGAAAACCGGUCACAACAGGGAUUCCUCUAGUAGCAAUGACUCGGGAGUAUCCACUGGUUCUCUUAGUCAUAGAACUGCUGAAUUUGUGGAAUUUGAAACAUCGUCCGUAGCAUCGGUAAAGAAACAAAAUGCUUUGUCGAUAUGUCGUAAAAGUCCACCGUCUACAUGCUAUCACAAUAGUUUGCCAAGAAAAUCAAAAUCUAGCGAUCCUUUGAGGGAAUUAUCAUUCCAAUUUCAAAAGACAAAGAUACCCACUAAAUCAUCCUCUGCGGAAGCCGAUAUACCUACGUGUUUGCCGAAAAGUACAAAAGGGUUUAAUAGCCCUGGUGAAAUAUCGAGUAAUGCACCUUACAUUGACUCCAGAAGUACAAGCAGUGGUACCUCCGAUAUGUCUGAUUAUAUCGAGACACUUUCCUUAUCUUCUCAUUCAUCAUCUGAUACGCCAGAUAGUUUAAGGUUGGGAGGCAGAGCUUUAACUACUACGCUUCGACCUCGCAGUGGAAAGGAAUAUUAUAAAAUCGAUCGAAAUAUUUUGGUGGAACAAGGUCGAACAUCAUCUGCCAAUUAUGCAAAUAUUACUCCUGUGCUUGAGAAAAGCGAGUCUCCCUCACCCGGUUAUAUAAGCAGCUCACCUUUUGAGCAACCCCAACCCAUUCGCGAACACUUUCUGUUUCCUGAAGAAGCUUAAAUAACGUAACGUCCAUAGCAACGUUAUUUUUGAGAAGAAAGUGGAAAACUUGAAGUUCCUAGGAAUCCAAAACCCAUAGGAGUAUUUGCGUUAGAGAAGGUAAUUCGAGUUAUUGUCACUAUUUACACUAUAUGCAAUGGUUUUGUACUUGUUCGAAAAGUACAAAACAUCGGCAAAAAAAAAAGGCUUCUCGAAAAGCCCUUAUAAUACACGUUUGGUAUGUUACAGUGUUUACAAAAGAAAUAAUAGUCGCGAAAAAUUCAACAAAAUAAUUAUUGCAGGUCAAAAGAUUAUGUUCUAUGAAAAUUAACUUUUUCUUUUUGUUUUUUAUAUAUUUUUUAUAUCAUCUUACCUAAUUGAAUCGAAUUCAUCAAAUGAUAUAACGGUAUAUAUGUAGAAAUUAAAGGAAUUUGAGAUUCUAGCGUAUAGUAAAAAUGUGGUCAAUGAUACGGUACUUCCUACAACGAUUUAAACAAUUUCUAAAAUCUACUCAUUAAAAACUGUAAUAGUUUGUAUAGUAAUAAUCCUGCCCUAGGAUAAAAAAAAAUACUAUACAUUGUAUAGUUUAUAUGAGUAUAUCAUUUUUUGAACAUAUUUUAUUUUAUAUGAGUAUACUUCUAUAUAAGAUAAUCGUAGUGAAAAUUAAAGAAUGUACUUAAGGGCUCUUUAUUUAGACUGAUUACCAUAACCACUGUACAUCUGCAUCUGUGCAUGAUUAAAUUAUUUUCUAAAAAAAAAUAAGGUGAAGAGAUAGUUUUAAUAGUCUUCUUCCUCUUUGAAGGAAUUUAUACGAAGGUUACUGUAGGUCUUUGGGCAAUCAAACGGCACUAUAUAUAAAUUAGAAAGAAAACAUCAGAAGAAAUCCUAAACAAUGCAACUUCUUAGCGUAUGAAGUCAUUAAUUCAUAUCUCGAAUUUAUAUGUUAGUUUAUUUUCGUUGAUUUUUUGAAUCUUAUGCAACGAAAUAGCUGGUGCGAUUAUAAUAUUAUUUACAAAUUUUUUAUUCGCAAAAUUAUAAGUUACAAAUGUACUUAAAAGAUAGUGUAUUCGAGUUUAAUUAUAUAUUAAUAUAAUUGUGUAAUUAUAUUUUCUAUGGGGAAUAGUGAGUAAAAUGAAGUAAGUUUUUACCAAAAAUAUUUAUUUUAUUUUUUAGCGGUGCAAGAUCUUUUAAAAGAGAUAUAUUUAUUAGUAAAAUAGUACUAAAAGUGAUACUAGCUAAAUAUAUUCUGAAACAUAAAUAUUGCCAAAGUUAUGUGCCCUAUUUCACACUUCUUUUAAUAAUGGAAAUGAAGAACAUAUGUCACAACCUGUGUAAAAUACUUCACUUUCUUUUUUCCAUUAAAAGGAAAAAAAGAAACAGAAUAAAAUCUUGCACUUAAUUAGUUGAUACAUUGGGAAGAUUGAUGUAAUAGGUGAUAUUUAAUGCAAUAAUAACUACAAUAGAAGUAUAUAUAAAAUCAAUAUAAGUUGUUUUGCACUAAAAUAUAUUAAUAUAAAAUAUUCUAUUAUAUAAAUAUAUACAUACAUAAAACAUACACAUACAGAAAGAAGAAGAAAGCGAGGGAGAGACGUGUACAUAUACUUUUUGCUCUUAUGGGCAGAUGAAAUAAGUAUUCAAAGUCAAAAUUAAUAUUAGGUCAUUUAACAGAUGUACAUUUUAGAGUACUGCUAUAGUAUCAUAAAUAUUCUUCAUUAGUGAAACACACAGUUCUACAUGUUACUACACACUUAUGUUUUCGAAGAUAUUUAUAUUAAUCCUUUGCACUUCGUUAGCUCUGCUAUAUGUAGAAUUCUAUCAUUUGUUUUGUAACUCCGGUGGCUCUGUUACAGAGAAAUUUCUAUUUUGUAAACGAAAAUACACAUUUUCUUUAAAAAAUCGAUUUAUUUAAUCAAUAGCUAGUAAAAAAACGCGGGGAGUGCAAAGGUUAAUAUAAAACUAAAACAAUUCAAGGUGAAAGAGUUUUAUGCUAAUUUAUACUUUUAUGCUGAUUUUUCCUCCAAUACAUGUUUCUGAAUUGUUAUUUUUUUUUUGAAAGAUCAAAUUUUUGUGAUACAUACACUUGUAUGAAGAAAGUAUAGAAGAAAUAUAUUUCCAUUUAAAACUAUGAAUUUUGUAAAAGUAUUAAAGUAGUAUUAUCAGAAGACUGAAAAUAGUAAUUGUGUGGAGUAAUAAUAAGGUGAUAUCAGGAACCUUAGAAUACUUUUUCGUAAUAUUUUAUAAUAUUUUUUUCUAUUCCAUUAUACACAACUCUUUACAUAGUUAGAAUAAAUAAUAUCUUCUAUCAAUUAUUAAAAUUAAGAAAAUAUACAAAAUGUAAAAAUGAACCUAUCUUGAUUUUUAAAUGACAUGCUUCACAAAUUAUUAUAUGCUAUAAUAUUGGUUUUUGAACAGUUUUAUAUAGACGAUUCUUUUGGGGCAUUCCGUAAUAUAAUUAACUUGUACACAAGACAAAAGACAUCACGCUACGAUAAAUUAUGCAAAUAUAUCAGUUAUUAAUAUACAAAGAUAAUAUAUAAUGUAAAAUAUUUAACGUUGUAUUUAUCUUACAUAAAUUUAAAUAUGCUGGAAAUGAUUAGACAAGAUAUAUAAUUUUAAGAGUUUCAAAGAUAAAGCUGGUACUAUAUCUAUGUAAUUUACAAUUCUAUUAAACAAUUUGUAUAUUGUAAAUGAAACUGACUGCCCUAAACAUAUGAUAAUUGUUAUAUUUAUUAUUUAGAGCAUGCAUCCAUAAUCUAAUGCUAUUUUAAUUUAAACAAGUAACAUUCAUAUUAUAAUUUAAAUGAAUUUAAUUUAUAAAGUAAUUUCUAAUAAUGGUAAAAUUAUGUACUUAUAUGGGAUUUUGUACAGGGUAACCCACUUUAAGCUAUCCAUUUUAAAUGGAAUCACUUACAACCGUCUCCCAUGUUAUAACAAAACAAAAGUGAUCAUACUUAUAUAAAAGCACUUGAAGUUACAAUCAUUACCAACUUUAAUACAAAGAUAUAUAAACAUUUUGUAAUCGCAUUUCAAAAUCUAGUAGUAUUUAUAUGAAUUGAUCAUAGCGAAAAAUAUUCUACAUCUUAAUUUUUUGUUCGUAAGUAGAAGUAGAUAAGAUUGGGAAUCACUUUUAGGAACAUUUGCUAGUCAAAUAUUAAGUACUAUUGUAGUAAUAAUAUAUUUUUAUUGCGGAAAAUUGUAGUAUGUGUAACUUGAAAAUUAAACACGUGGUUGGUAUAUUCUCUUUGAAAUUUAAAGAUUUUCAAAACGAUGUAUAAUAUUUUUAUUCAUAUCGCAUAGAAUUUACUAUUUAAUAAAGGCAUGAUCAAUGACGUAAAUUUUUUGUAAGUCAUGAGAAAAAUAUUAUUAUUUUAAAAUUUUAAAUGUAAAGUAUCCAAAUUGCACGUGUUAAUUUUUAAGUUAUAAUCGAUCAUAUCUAAUAUAA